AUGCUUAACGACCGGGACGUCGCUCUUAAAAUUAUAGUACCCAGGGACUUAGGAGAGCGGGAAUAUAAUAUACAGAAUGAAAUUAUUAGUGCUAUGAAGGAUACUUCCCACCUCUUGACGUACUAUAAGACCUUUCUCCUCCGCGGCGCCCACGGCUCCCAUAGGGUCCUUACCUUUCCCUUAUAG